CAUUAAUUAUGUCAUUAUCAGGUCCUGGUGAUGACAUACAUGUAGAAACAUUGAAUGCCGACACGAUGGCAUACAUUUUCGAUACUUGGAGUAUAUAUUAUACUAUCUUAUCUGAUAUUAAUCAGUGGACCUUUCAGUUUAUGCUUUCUUAUGUUUGUAUUUCGUAUUUCUAUUUUCUAUCUAUUUCUGCAUUGCUCCCCUAUCUAUUCGAAAGUGUAAGUUAUUUCCAUUCCUCAGAAGUCGAAGCCUCACGCAAUCAACUACCGAGUUUCAGUUGCUGUAUAGGUUAUAGGCUGUUGUAAGUCUUAAAGUUUUUUACUCAACUUAUAUUCAAGUAAUUACAUUUUUUCAGAUAAUGUCUUCUUGCGAUAACUUGAAUGUUACUUUGGACGAAACAUCAGAUGCAGUGGAACUUAGUCUCUCUAUAUCACGCUACAUCUUGACCAUCAUUGGAGUCGUUGCCAACUUGAUGGUGAUCAUUGUGUUCAUCAACUGCAAGAUUUACCGAAAAUGCUUCACAUAUCUUCUGCUAUUCCAACAGGCAUUUAUUGAUUUGUUUGGAUGCUGCUUUUAUCUCGUUUUAUUCAACUAUCGUGUACCAGAUGGUGAAUAUGGCAUGGUUUAUUGCAAAUCCAGAACUUUGUUCUGGAUGUUUGCAUCGGCUUCAACCUUCAAUCUUGUCUUUAUAUCUAUAGAGAGGUACAUCGCAGUUCUGCAUCCAUUGAAAUACUGGAUGAGAGGCAAAGUUAGAACCAAAAUGGUGCCGAAGCUGUGUGUCCCAUGGUUAGUCGCCAUACUUGUUGUAUUUCAGUUGGCCAUUCUUAGCGUGCCCGAUAAUUUUAGCCCAGGAAAUUGCAGGUAUUGUUACAGCAGCGGAACUGUGCGGAUAAUCUCCGGCGGCUCAAUAUUUCUGUUGAGUUGGAUAAUUCCUAUUUUUGUUAUGACAUUUUGCUAUCGUCGUGUUUACAUCACGAUGCAAAAUCCGACGAUAAAUUUCCAUAAAGCCUCAAGUUCCGUACAAAUCGACCGCACCGACGAAACCACUGACGACACUGAAACAAAAGAUAAUGUCUUCAAGGAUUCGCAGAAACAUUACUAUAGUAAGACUCAGAAAAAUGUUAUCGUAACUAUGGUCAUUACUACCAUUGUGUUUGUUGUCAGCAUCUCACCACUGUUAAUUGUGUAUCUCGUGUACGUUCUGUGCGACUGUUUUGAUUAUGACAGACAUCCUUUAAGACAAGCAGCGAUCAUAUCGUUCGUAUUAAGUCUGGCUGCCAACCCGUUUGUAUAUGCGUUUAAGUUCAAUGAGUUCAAAAUAGGCUUUGAAAAGACAUUCAUUCGCCGACGACAUUAUUUUGGGUUUUUUUUUUGUAGCAUAAAAAUGGUGGAUUCAUCAGAUUCCAUCGGUCUGAUAGUGGCUCGUUGUUUGGUCUGCAGUAUUGGCAUAUUAGCUAAUUUCGUCACCAUAACUGUGUUUGUUUACAAUAAAAUAUAUAGAAAAUCGCUCUCCCAUACUUUGAUUUUACACCAAUCAGUCGUCGAUUUUUGCGGUUGCUGUCUGUACCUUGGAUUCUACAACAACGACGCUCCUUCAGGAGAGGCCGGUACUGUCUUCUGUAAGCUUCGAGUCCUAUUUUGGUACAUGUCAGCUACUUCUAUAUAUAACUUAGUAAUGCUUACUAUCGAGCGAUACAUUGCAGUUGUUCAUCCGGUAAUGUAUCGGAGAAGACAGUUUGGCGUGAAAAAAACAGUGCCACUAAUAUUGACUCACGUGGCGGGUAUUCUGUCUUCCCUACAGUUGGGUAUUCUUGCUGAGGCUGACCAGGGAACAGUUAAUUUAACUGUUCCCUGGGCUGACGUAGAUUUGGAAAAAUCUGGUGAAUGCAGGUAUGAUUACCGCGAGAAAACAAGCAUCAGAGUGCUGUCUGGGAUCUUGCUUUUUAGCAUGUACUGGCUAAUACCAGUGGUUAUAAUGGGAUAUUGCUACGUCAAAAUAGUUAUGGGCAUGCGUAGAAGAGUACUACGAGCAGACGAUGGUGGGGCGUUACACCAAUCGCAGAAAAACUUGCUGACCACCCUUGUGAUGAUCUGCCUUGCUUUCUUAAUCACUGUUACGCCUGAUUUUGUGUUGUAUUUAGUCUAUUGUAUUUGCAAUUGCUUUCAAUUUAGUGAAGUUGCUUAUCAUGAAGUUACAGUUCUGCUAAACACAUCAAACUUAUGCAUCAAUCCAUUCAUUUACAGCUUCAAGUUUAAAGAUUUCCAAACAGGAUUCCUCAAGAUAAAGCGACAUAUUUUAGAAGGUAUCCGCGGAAAUGAAAGAUUAGAAUUUGAAAUGAAUUCGCUAGAGAUAACCAACACAAAAUAAACAGUCAAUAUCAUAUUAAGAAUAACAUGA